UUCAAUGCAUACACGAGCGAGAAAAUUAUAACAAGACGGGAACUAGGUGGCGCUGUUUAAUUCAACUGUCCCUGAAAGAGGGAAUUUUUGAAAAAGGAAACAGGACUACCGCGGCGUGACGUCAGACGCCGAAAAGUUGGUCGCGUGCAGGCAAGGAGGAACAAACUUAUUCUUCCUGCUCACAGAGACCUGGUCGGACUCAAAGACCCAAGACUGGUGAGUGACACAUUUGGACAAUUUUCUAUUUCAACCAAAACUUUAGGGCUAAUUAACAUGAUUUAUUUAACUGAUAAUAUGGCAUUAAUUUAAACACAAAUUUAUAGUGUAUGUAAGUCUGGUACUGACAUUUUUACACUUGACCAUAAAAGCUUUUUUCUACAGUCACUUGUGAUUAUAUGUUAAUAUCUUUAUUGUUGGGUGGCCUUUUACACCAGUAAACUGAAUGAAAACUUAUCGCUGCUUAUGUUUGUUUUGCAGAUGGAUGUAGUAGACCUAAAACUAAUAAUGUAAAAUCACUAGUUUUCUCUUUGGAGUGUGAGAGCAGUUUACAAACCCUGUUGAAAAUGGCUAUUAAACACUGAUAUAAAGCAGGGAACAUAGUAAGAUUACAUAGAAUUUGUGCGGGUAGCCAUGUUUUCAGUGUCUAUUUUAAUUCUGUUCUGGGUGGCCGCCGUGCCUCCACUCGAAGUGUAUCAAGGUGACAUUGUCCACUUUUCUGUGUGAGCUGAAAAUGAAAGAUGUUAAUCUAGUCCUUGUUUAUCUUUGUGGAACUGCUGAGCAAGUGCUUUGGAAGAAUGAGGUUCUUGACUCGUGCAGGGUUUCAAGGUUCUUUGGCAGCCUGUCUGAGUAGGUGAAACAAUCUAAAACUUGUGUGGUGUAUUUCUUGAAUGUGAAGUUCAUUGUCUUCAGUACUUGGUUGUCGGCAACUGAUUUGUUAGUCCAGUUGCCUACAGAUAACUACUGAAGAUUAAACGUGUGCCUAUAAAAGAAGAAAAUGAAAUCAACACAACUGACAAUUUCCACAUCAAACACUGAAGUUUGUCCACUUCCUGUUGGAUCAAAGUAGUUCCAGGGACCAAAAAAAGGUUGGUAUAUCUCCAAACAGUAAGUACCUUCUCUAUGGGGUGGUCCCUAAAGUUCCUCUCUGGUAAACUCUUGGGCUACACAUUAAAUGAUUCUUCCAAUUUGUGUCCAGAUCUUUUUCUCUCCCUGCAGCUUUCUAACACCUACUGCUGCAGUUACAUCUGCUAAUGGUAGCUGUAUCCCGAUUCACUGUGUCAUUUGUUUGGCAAGAUUUGUUUAGACUGCUGACAAAGUAGACACCUUAAAAUACCCAACAAUAAGACAUCAAAAUCAUUGCAUUUGACUUUCUCGGGGUCAGUAACCUGACCUUAACUUUUGGGAAACCAUGCAAAAUAUUGCAAGGUCUUUGCAUGACUUAACAGAAUAAAUACUUGAGCAACUUUAUUGCUCAAUUUGCUAAAUCGCUCAGGAUUUCAUGAGCUGGUUUUCCUCCCCACAACAGAACAAUGUAAAUUGAGUUGAGUAGAAAGAUGGUAAGGCCUUUUGUCCUUCCCCUUCUGUGAGUGAGGAAAUCUGGCUGCAGAUCCUGACUGAGUGGCAUACCAUGGCUGUGCAGUUUCCAAAAUCAGACAAGGACCCAUCUGGUUCUGUGACUCAGCCUAUCAUGGUAUGCAUUUAUCUUCCUCCAAAACAAUUGGAAUGAGCAUGUGUGUCAUGUAAAUCACUUGUUGACAAAGUGAAGCAUUUGGUCAAAUUGAGGUCAGGCAUUUUCAGGUGUCUGCUUUGUCAGUAGUGCCACAUGUUGCCGAAUUGUGAAACCUCUGCCUCUUACAGAUGUUACAGUGACAACAAUGAGUAUUGUAAGGCUGCAGGGAGAGAAAAGGAGAUCUGAGGACUGGAAAGUGGAAUUGAUUUCAUGCUUGGCAAGAUGAGGGUAUAAGAAGACACAGCUUUUCAUCCAGCAAGCCAAGACAUUUUGAAGUGAUGAAGACUCCAUGUUGGACACCACAACCUGGAAAAAUCCUGUCCUGUGUGGCUGCGAUGAGGACCUUUCCCAAGAUGUAGGACUGCACCAGAGCCUACCAAACUAUACACAUGGCUCAAUGGCUACUACAUCAUGGUCACAGAUCCAGCCCUGAGAUUUCAACACCUAAAGCCAGAGACUCAUCCAACCCAGAACCCCCUGCCUUCACUGACCCAUAACCACUCAUCACAUCACAAAACACAUGAUGCACUGAAGUUUCCAUCUGUUUGAGGCAAACUGCUGGUCUUCCAUCUAAUAAGACCUCAGUGAAAACCCAAACCAGGAGUUUGGUCUGACACUUCCAUCCGCAGCAUUAGAGGUGCAGUCUGUGAAGUUUGGCCUUGGCUGUCAACAACAUCAGUGGCUCAGAAGGCGGUAUGGCCCCAGCUCUGACUAAAAUCCUGAAACGGGGCCAUGGCAUCCACCUGUCCUCACCUUCCUCUACUGCCAGAGUGGACUCAAAUAAGGGGUCCGUGCUAAGUACUGAGUCUGGGUCUGACAUCAGAUUCACAGAAGACAACGACCCCCAGAUGAUGUGGUUGAACGUUUUGUCGUUUCCCUCUCUGGAGUCCUGCCUGCCCAUGAGCUCCCUGAAUGUCCCUGCCAAACCCAUGUUUUCCUGUCAGCAGGCAUCUGACAAUCAGUGGUUCCUCUGCAGCCCGGCUUCCCUCCUCAGCUUCCUGUCCUUCAAUGAAGAUCAGAGAAUUUCUCAUCAGGAGGUCUCCUUCUUACCAGGUGUACCAGACAUGUUUUUAGGCACUGUACCUGAGCACAAUGGCCAAGAGGCUUGUCCUCUGCAUGGCUUUGAUGCUGCUCAUGAAUGUGGGCCAGAUGGUGGUGAUGUGCAUCGCUCCCCUCUUACACUUAGUGCCGUUUCUCCUUCCGAUUCCCGGGGGGACAUUAGGUCCCAGGGUUACUCUCUCUUUUUUGCACCCCCACAGACAGUCUCACAGGAGAGAGCAGCCAACAUGGGCUGUGCUCCUCCAGUUGCAGUGCAGUCUUGCGGUGGCAGGUUGAACGUUGACCAGCUGCCAUCCAGAUCUGUGCUGGAGGAGGCUGGUAGAAAGCAGCAUUCUACACAGGCAGGGCUUUAUGGCCAAGCUUGGAGCAAACCAUAUUUCCUUUGGCUAGAUUUAUGCACAGCGUCAUCUUCCAACAAGGAGCUCAGAGAGACCACCUACCUUGGCCAGUCCGAGCAGAGAGGCCAGCAGGAGGCCUUGGACUAUGAGACCACAGCCAGCAGUAGCUCAGACCAAGAGUCGGAGGAGGAGAGAACUUGCAACAAAACCAUCACUUCACCUGCCAGCAGCAGCUGUAGCUGUGAGAGUCGAUGGCUGGAAGAGAGAGCGGAGGUGGGCAGCAGCUGGAGCUGGUUGCAGCUGCGUUUGUCUGAGCUGGAGGGGAGGAUACAACAACUGGUGGAGCUCCACAAGCACGUCCGCUCUACCAAAGGUCAAGUGGUGCUUGCAGCAUCGACGGACAGGCUGAAUGACGCUGAAUCUUGCAGCCCCACGCGCCUUCUUCACAACAUGGAGAAGCAGAGUGCCCAGGUGUCGAGUCUGAUUCCUCCUCUCAGCUUUUCACCGCCCGCAAAACAAGCACAGACCUGUCGAGCAGAGAGAAGCUUCAUAAGUGGUCUGAACGGGGGCAAUGUUUUUGUGCCAAGCAGCAUCAAGAGAAGCAGAAUGGGGACCACAAGGCUGUACAAGGCUGACGUAUCAAGGGGUUGUGCCCGGACCCGACCUUUGUUAUUUUGCCAAAAGCCCAAACUGUUCAACAUCUACAGCCCUGAUGAUAGUCAACAGGACUCACUCUCAUCGUCUUCAUGUUCUUGUUCCUCCUGUGAUCCUGUCGUCCUCUGUUCUGAUCAUGACGGCAGCUCCAGCUCGGCCAUGUCCCUGAGGAAGCACACUUCCAGACCUCACUAUGUGUUGUCACCUUUAUUUGACACUCCACUGGCCCACGACUUACAGAGAACCUUUGCUGGAGAAGAAUGGUCCCAAAGGCCAUUAGUUAUCAACGCCCAUUCAUCAGCUCCAGCCCUCCACCACAGAUGUGAAUCCACACCACUGCACAACAGUCAUAAGCACAGGCAGCAUGCGAGGCAUCGUAAAAGCAGAGAUAUUGGUCUGUCCAUCAUCAGGAGUCGACGCAGAAGAGCUAAUCACAGGAAGAGGAAGCAAAGACGCAUCCGAAUGCUGAUAAAAGAUGAGGAUGAUGACGAUCAGUACCAGCCGUGGGAGCUUGAGGAAUUUUCAGAUGGAGUGCUGGAGGAAAGCUACACACAGUUUUCACACAAGCAGACCUCUCAAGGCUCUAUUGUCAAAUGCCAUGGAGUGACUGUGUGUAGCGUCAAUGACAUCGUCAUCCCCAGCUCACUGACUAAAGUGAAAAAGCUGCAGUACAAAGACAUCCUCACACCUCGGUGGAGAGUGGUGUCCACCCAGUCUCUGAUGGAGCACCAGGCGGACGAUGAGGACGGACAGGUCGAAGAUCUCUGUGAUGAAUUCUUUGGUCAGAGGCACAUGGCUUUGGAGCACUGGGAGAGUAUGCGCUGGUCUUCCUGGGGAAAGAGAAAACGCUGCAGGCGUUCUACAAGCAGGCUGUGUGACAAUGGGGUCGGGAUGUGCACAUCAGGAGAGGAGAGUUCUGCGGAGUGGAGUGGUGCUCAGCUGGAAAAUGGUGAACAGCCGAGCUCAGAGGAGUGGCUGCCUCAGACUCCUUGGAAACCACGACUGUUUCCUUUGGAUGAGGAAGAGGAAGAAGCUCUCCUCUGUGAUAGAGCAGAAAACAUUCCCUCAUGUUGGUCACGGUCUGGUUCUGUCUCCUGCUCAUCAAUGAACUCUUAACUCCCGCCUCUCCCCAGCUUGGUCCUCAGGCGCUAUGCUGCCCCCUGGUGCACACAGCAGGAACAGCUUAGGGAAAAGUGCCUUAUUUUAUUAUUACCCUCUCAUGUGAAAAAUUUCCCAUUUUUAAUAUAUUUUUGAAUAUUGUGUUGUAGUUUUACGAAACUACUGUUGCUCACUUUCAGGUUUUAACCAAAUGUAUAUGUAUAAAAAAAUGUAUAACGGCACAACUGACCUGUUUUUUCCAGGUUUGUUAAUUCUUUGUAGUUGUUACUAACUUUUACAUAUACACGCUAACUUGGAAUAACAUGAGUAAAUGUAAACAUUA